CAUCAAUCAGAGUUACUUUACUGUACUAGUACUAGAAAGCAAAAAUGGCUCAAACAAUCAAAUCAAACCCUUCAUCUUUACUUUUGAUCCCAAAUGCCACCCACAAAAAGAACCACCCUCCUAACAAAUGCAACAUCAUCAAAGCACAGUCAGCAAAUGGGGAUCAUUUGCAGAGAACAAGUAUCAAGACUCCCCAACAAAAACAACCUACUGCCCAAUCCCCACCAAUUGUGUUAUGGGACAGAUUCCCAACAGCAAGAACAGUCCAACAAAUGAUGGACACAAUGGAAAGACUAAUGGAGGAGCCACCGGCAUACCGCAGUGGCACAUGGGGAUCACAAGGUGAACCCACAAACACUUACACAAGAGGAAGAACACCAUGGGAGAUCAAAGAAGGUGAAGAAGACUAUAAACUAAGGUUUGACAUGCCUGGAAUGACUAGAGAAGAUGUCAAAGUGUGGGUUGAAGAAACAAUGUUGGUUAUAAAAGCAGAAAAGUUGGUUAAAGAUAACAAUGAUAUGGAAGGUGAGUGGAGUGCUAAGAGUUUUGGAAAGUAUAGUUUUAGGAUUGCAUUGCCUGAGAAUAUACAGUUUGAGAAGAUUAAAGCUGAGGUUAGAGAUGGUGUUUUGUAUGUAACUAUACCUAAAGCUCCUCUUUCUUCAAAGAUUUUGGAUAUUAAUGUGGGAUGAGUGGUAAUGUAAGGGGCUAGAGUAGAAAUUUUUAAUAUUUUUAUGUAAAGGAAAAUCUAGAGCUUUUGUAUAAAUUAAUAAUAAAAUGUUAAUUUUGAGAAAAUGAUGUGUAAUA